UCAAUAGGCAUCCCUCAUCUAGGUAACUACUUUGGUGCUUUAAAAAGCUGGUCUUCACUCCAAGAACGGUUUCAUAAGAAUUAUUUUUGUGUCGUCGAUCUCCAUGCUUUAACGGUUCUUAGGACACCAGGGGCUCUUUUAGAGAAUAUAAAAACCAUGAUAGUCUCUCUUUUGGCUUGUGGUAUAGAUCCUCAAAAAAGUGUAAUUUUUCAGCAGUCCAUGGUGCCUCAUCACUGUGAACUGUUGUGGAUUUUAUGUUGCUUUACUUCCUUGUCUUCCCUAAAAAGGAUGACUCAAUUUAAGGCACAACAUAUUGUUUAUUCGAUUACUUUAAAAUCGACUCGCGUUCCGGUGGGAGACGACCAGCGGCAACAUAUCGAAUUUGCGCGUGACUUGGCCAUUUCCGUUAACUACACGUUUUCUCAGAAACUAUUUUCCGUUCCAGAAGGCCUUUAUGGAUCCAUCCCAAGGCUUAGAGACCUGAGAAAUCCUGCUGUUAAAAUGAGCAAAACUGCUCCUUCUUCUAACGGAUGCAUUAAUUUAACGGACUCUGACGACGAGAUUUCCGCAAAAAUAAGAAUGUCCUUUACCGACUGCGAGCCACUGCUUACCUAUGACCUCGUACGACGGCCAGGCGUCGCUAAUUUGAUUAACAUUUACUCUGCAUGCACAGGUAAAUCCCCUUCAGUUGUCUGUGAGGAAUUUCGAGAUUCAUCCAUGAGAGAGUUUAAAGAGGCCGUUGUAGAGGCGGUCAUACACGAAGUUGCACCCAUAAGAAAGCAAAUUGGUUUGCUUAAAGGAGAGGAGGACUACAUCCGUAAAGUUCUUGAAAUGGGGCGACUCCGUGCGGAAGUUGCCGCCUGUCAAACUGUUACUCGAGUAAAAAAAGUUAUGGGGCUUCUUGAACUAUAA